AUGCCCAGAGUUUCCCUGGGUCCUGGCUGUUUCUUAUGGUCGUGUUGUUUUGCAUUUUGCGGCGAGGAUGAAAUUGAGGACAUCCAGAAUGAAAUUUCUGUUUUGUCACAAUGCCGCUGUCCAUACAUCACAGAGUAUUAUGGCUCCUAUCUUCACCAAACUAAACUGUCGAUAAUAAUGGAAUACAUGGCUGGUGGUUCAGUUGCUGACCUACUCCAACCUGGUCAUCCACUAGAUGAAAUGUCCAUUGCCAGUAUCACAAGGGAUUUGCUGCAUGCAAUUGAAUACCUACAUAAUGAAGGAAAGAUUCACAGAGAUAUCAAAGCGGCAAACAUUUUAUUGGCUGAGAAUGGUGAUGUUAAGGUUGCAGAUUUUGGUGUUUCAGCACAACUAACAUGGGCGAUGUCACGGAGAAAGACUCUUGUAGGAACACCAUUCUGGAUGGCACCAGAAGUGGUUCAGAAUUCAGAUGGAUACAAUGAAAAGGCAGAUAUAUGGUCUUUGGGAAUAACUGUGAUUGGAAUGGCCAAAGGAGAACCUCCAUUGGCGGACCUUCACCCUAUGAAAGUUCUUUUUAUAAUACCCCGAGAAAAUCCACCUCAGGUAAUAUCAGUAGUUUUGUUAUCACGGUGA